AGGAGGCCCAGCAGACACUCCCACAGGCAGGUGAGGAGGCAGCAGAGGAUCAGGCUGCAGGGUCAGUUCACCUCUCAGCUCUCUCAGAGACAGUCAGGACGGCAGGACAGACGGGCGUUUAGGUCGGAGCGUGAUGACAGAACAGAGCAUGAACCAGCAGGAAGACGCCAGGAAGUGUAACAGAGGAACUGCAAAGCAUGGGGACAGAGAUUAUCAUUCUGAUGUAGAGAACGUGGAGGAGCGUCAGAGAUAUGAGAGGAUGCUCAGCGAGCCUCUGCAGGCCGUCGAUCAGGAGCAACAGGAGCUGUCAGGAUGGAGGAAACCGGCUUUAGUCAGAUCGAAGACCUUCGAUCACUCUCUGCUGACUCAGAUCCAAACAGACUCAUCAGACUCCAAGAUAGAGAGGAAGAAGUCUCACUACAGCCAGCUUUCCAAGAGCAACUGCCAGUACCAUAAAAUAUUUAAGGAGAUCAGCAAAGAGGAGCAGCUCAGACAGAGUUACACCUGUGCUCUGCAGAAAGACAUCCUCUACCAGGGACGGAUGUUUGUCUCCGACCACUGGAUCUGCUUCCACUCCAAGGUGUUUGGCAAAGACACAAAGAUCGCCAUCCCAGUGGUGUCCGUCACGCACGUCAAGAAGACCAAAACCGCCAUCCUGCUGCCAAACGCUCUGGUGAUCGCCACCGCCAACGACAGGUACGUCUUCGUGUCCUUCAUGUCCAGAGACAACACCUACAAGUUCCUGAUGUCCAUCUGUCUCCAUCUGGAGGAGAAGAGUCCAUGCAGCAGCCCUGUCCCGUCCUCAGCCGCAAACAGCUUCAGAGGUCAGAGGUCACCUCUGUCGCCUCGCUUCCCUCUGAGUUUUCCAGGUGACUUCUGUGAUCUGGACGUAGCAGUGAGACAGAGGAGGCAGGAGAUGGAGGAGAGCAGCAGCUCCGACUCCCAGACGCCCGACUACGACAAGAUAGCAGCGUUCCCUGGUCCUCAGUUCCUGGAGGUGUUGAAGCACACGGACGGUGCAGCUCCUCCUCCUCAACAUCCAGACCAGCAGCACAAAGCAAAGAGCCAGCAGAACCAGAACCAGAACCAGAACCAGAACCAGCAUCAGAACCAGCACCAGAAGCAGCACCCAAACCAGAACCAGAACCAGCAGAGCUCAGACAACAAGCAGCAUCCCUUACAAAAAAGCUCGGAGCUGGUGAUCGACAGCAGGACUCUGAAACCAGUUUCUCUCAACACUCUGCUGUUCGUCUACCUGUUACUAGUGUGCGUCCUGGUCUUGUCUUCCUGUUAUCUGGCCUUUAAGAUCGUCUCGUUGGAGCAGAGACUGACGACGCUUGGCUCCGUCACCGAGUUCACCCAUCAGGAUAGUGACUUCCUGCGGGGGAGUAACGUGAACACGGAGCUUUUCUCUGAACUACUGACCAUCAACCUGAUGAAGCUGGAGAAGGUGCAGAAGAACCUGCAGAGACUGCUGGACGAAGCUGCCUGAAUGUUCUGGAAACCAGUAAACAGUUCUGUAAAUAUACUGUGAAUAUGUACUUUUAAACUGACAAUACUGAGAUGUGUUGAUGACACGCACAAACCCUUCACAUGCUGUUAAAGAGUGCAGCGUUUCACCUGGAACCGCAACCAGCAGUGAUGUCACAGAGUACUGGAGUACACCGUGACAUCACUGCAGCAAGGUGAUGAUGAAGUUAAACCAGCAGAAACUAAUAACUACCAGCUGUAAUGCAUUUCAUGUCAUUGACUGAUUAGAAACCCUAGAAUUUAAAUAGUAUUACAAUAGUACUGCAUCUGAAUGUAGUAGAAACGGCAGUAUUUGAAAGGCUCCGACAUUUCAAGUGAUGUGUUUUGGAAGACAGUAACUACGGUGGCCCUGAGGGUCAAAACACACCAACAUUAAGGACAUCCUUGUUGUGUUUUGAUUCUCAGGUUCUCCAUAAGUAGCAGUACUUUAUAUACAUUCCUCUCAGUGGAGCGUGUAUUUACUUUUAAAGUAGUGCAAGUUUUUUUGACCUCGGCUGUUUUUUGGUCACAUUGAACUCACUUCUGUUUACAGUAUCGUACAUCUUAAAGGUCCCGUAUUGUAAAAAAAAAAGAAGUGAGAUUUUCAUGUCUUUUAUAUUAUAAAGCAGGUUUUUAAGUGAUAUAUAAAUACUGUGAAAGUAUCAAAA